AUGUGCGGAUAUUUUUACUUGUAUAUAUUCACUCUAAGCAUCUGUCUGUCGUUUUCACUCAAUUGCGUCGCUGGUCAAUCUAAUGAAGCAGCCGUCUCUCUCAAAGUCAACGUACGGCUGGAGGAUGAGGAAGGGUCGAAGGUCGGGGAGGCGGUCGACGGCCGCCGGAGUCACCACAACCCUCUGAGGAUCCGCAACGACUUCCUGCUGGGCAACCAGGAGGCGCUGAGAAUCCGCGGCGGCAACUCCAGCGACACGAAGAACUACCCAUACAUGGCCGCCAUCAUAAUCAACGGGCGGCUGUGGUGCGCCGGGACUAUUGUUGACAUCAACUGGGUGCUGACGGCUGCCCACUGCCUCAAUUACGUUCUCCACGUCUCCCCGCUGAAGACCAUUGGACAGUUCGUGAAGGUGCGCGUUGGAAGCCCACGCGCCCACGAGGGUGGCAUCCUGGUCGAUGUGGCUGGAGCGGUGAGACACCCCAAGUUCGAAGAGGAACCGGUGCCGCACGCUGACGUUGCGCUGUUAAAAUUAGCGGAGAACCUCGAUUUUGACGAACAUGUCAAUUUGAUCAAGAUUCACAAUGGGGUCAAGGAACCUUUUGCGCAGAGUUUUAUCGUCGUUUCUGGGUGGGGAGCCACAAGGGGCUCGGACACGGCGUUCAGGGACCACACGCCCGACCUUCUCACAGCUCGCCUGAAGGUGCGCACGCGCAACUACUGCAUCGACGCCUACCAGCUGGUCAACGGUUUCCAAUUCACCGCGGACUUCUUCUGCGCGUCCCUUCGCAACGGAUCUAGGGACGCUUGCCUUUUCGAUGCGGGAGCUCCAGCGGUGCAGCGAAACCAGCUGAUGGGCAUCAUGAGUUUCGGUCCCGAGAAAUGCGGCCACACCUUUCAACCGGCCGUCUUCAUAAAAGCCUUCUACUUUAGGGACUUCGUCAAGACAAUAAUAUCGUCGUACAAGACGACCGGCGAGCUGAUACAGGCGAUAAAAGAGACGGAACCGGAAGUGGAGGGGCCUGGUCCGAUAUCCGUGCCGGAAGCCCCCGAAGACGCCGAGAGGCAGUACAGCGACGAGGCCACGCCGCCCGAC